CUAGAUGAAGGAGAAUAGCCUAGUUAUUUUUAUAUAAUUCAGAUUUCGUUUAUUUUAUUUAACAUAUAUAUAUAUAUAUAUCAAUUUUAUUAUUCAUAUGGAAAAAAUACAAAAACAGAUUGAAAAUUGCAAAAUAAGGGAUCAAAAAGUAUUUUCAGAUAAAAAAUCAUCUUUUCAAUCAAUAGAUCUUAAAAAAGAUUUACAAGAAUCCUUUAAAACAGACAUUUAUUCCACCAAAAAUGACCUUAUUACUUCUCAACAGGAUUUUUUAAAUAACAUAAAAUGUACAAAUUGUGAAAAAACAAAUAACAGUUUUUCAGAAAAAUCUAUUGAACAGGAUCCAGUUCUUUUUUCAUUAAAAACUGAUAAUCCCGCACUUUUUUCUUUACAAUUACCAGAUGAAGCAUUUCAUAUUCAAAAUUUUUCAGGUAUCCCAAAACUUAAGGAGCCAUUUAUUCUUUUUCAUGAAACAUGUUUACAGGAAAAACUGAGGGGAGAUAUUUAUUUACAUCCUCCUUCAUAUCUCAUAAAUCAUCAUAAAUAUUAUGUUUUUCGAUCUGAAAUUUUAAUUGCAAGGCUCUUGACAUCUGAAGGAGCCUUGAAAAAGACACUUCACUUUGAUUUAGAUGUAAAAGACUAUCUGUUAAAUAAAGAUGAGACCUGGAGCAUUGGUGGUACUAUUGGGAUUUGUGUUCCUAACCUUAAAAAUGUUGUGGAUGAAAUAUUUGAACUUCUUAAUAUUUCCAAGGAAAAAGCAGAUGAACAGAUUAUAUUAGAAACGAAAGGUGGUAGAUGGCCAACAAUGUGGGGUAAUGCCUGUCCUCGAAAAAUUAAAACUACUCGAAGAGACUUGUUAACAUGGACAGUGGAUAUUCAAUCAAUGCCACUCAAGAAAAAUCUUCUAAGAGUGCUUAUGGAGUAUGCAAAAGAUCCGUUGGAUAAGCGGCUUCUCGCUUUUUUAUGUUCAAAAGAAGGUCAAAAAUCAUUUUUAAAUCUUUGUUCUCAGAAAUGUAUCACACUUUCACACCUAUUAUCUGCAUUUCCUUCUUCCAAGCCUUCUUUUGAACAUUUACUUUCAGUAUUAACACCAUUAUCUCCUCGAAAGUAUUCUCUUUCUAAUGAUCCAUCGCUAUCACCAGGAAUUCUACAAAUAGCUCUGACAAUUUUACAAAUACCUCAUUGGAAAACUGGCACACGACCCGGUGUUGCUUCUGCAUAUUUGGAACAGAUAUUUCAUGAAUAUAUUAAUAGAAAAAAAACAAAUGUGAAAGAAACAUUACAUAAAUUAACUAUCUCUAUAUUUAGGGAUCACUUAAAUCCUUUUGUGCAUAAUGCAUAUGCAGACGGUUCUAGGAUUUUUAUAGGCGUAGGUGUAGGUAUUGCCCCCUUUCGCGGAUUUGUUCAAAAUCGUCUUCAAAACUUAUCUUGUCUUGAAAAUCUUUGGAUAAUUCAAGGCUGCCGUGAUUCAAAAUUGGAUGAAAUAUAUUCUGGGGAAUGGGGUUUAUUUAAUACAUCUAAAAAUAGAAUUAUUGUAGAAAGUCGUGCGGGGAAAAAAGAACAUGUUCAAGAUGAAAUCAGACGAAAAGGAAAAUUAAUAUGGGAUGUUGUUAAUAGAAAGGAUGGUCGUAUAUAUGUAUGUGGUCCAGGCAUUAUAUUUACUAAGUCAAUUGAUGAAUGUCUUAUCAAAAUUGCCAUGGAACAAGGAGGAUAUACCCGUGAAGACGCAAUUAAAAAAUGGAAAGAAUUUGAAGAUCCAUCAGUCUUCAAAUAUAUUAAAGAGACAUGGUGAUUCCCUUCAGCCUGAAUAUAUGGGAAUAUCUUUUAUAUAAAAACUAGAUAAACUAUUUAACCUUUAUCAAUCAUUAUUAAAAUA